ACCCUGGAGACUCGACCUCUGGCUGGGGACCAUGGAGCCACCUUGUUACAGCUGAGGAGCCUUCCGAGAGGAUUCUCAAGGCUUGAGACAGUCUACCCUGAAAUGGGCACUUUGGUGGCCCCGAGGCAUCGCCUGUUCUACAGCAGCCCUCUCUUCAGGAAGGACUGCCCCCACCUGCUGAAGAAGAGGAGAGUGGGCGAGAAGGCAGCCCAAAGGCAAGAUGAGGACAAGGCGGAAGAGUUAGGAAGCCCAGCAGAGGCGGAGCCCGCCAGCAGGCCACCAGAGGAGCUCCUGGCCCCCAGAGAGCACCAGGGGGAGCAGCAGCGGGAGCCUGCAGGUGGCCCAGAGCAAGACCUUCCAACCACCCAGGUCAGGAGCGAGUCCGCCCCUCCCGCCAUCCUCGGGGCGGCAGCCAGGCGCCCUCUGCCCCUGGUGCUCCCCGUGGCCGAGCUGCUACCUUUGUGCCACUCGUGUUUGCCCAUUGUGGCUGCAGGGCCCGUCGCCCCCAUGCCCCCCAUACCUCCUUCCCUGGGCCCGUUCCCCUACUGCCCGGUGUGCCACUGUUUCCUGGGAUACCUGCCACCUAUGGCUGGGCGCCCAGACUGCCCCUACAGCUCUCCCUACCGCAGCUAGAGGGCUCGGACCUCGGGCAGGGCAAUAAACUGGACGGUGACCGGGCCGUUGUCUGCUGAAGCCAGGUGCUCCUGGCCUCUGGCACGUUUCUUGCCAAGCAGCCAGGCGACCAGAGCUCUGACUGCUGCCCUGGGUGAGGAUGGAUCACAGUCCACCGCUGUCAUGUGUGGGGCCCUGCAUGCUCACUUAGGUGCCAGAGGUCCCGCCUCUGCUCCAACAGAGGUGUGUGGAGGCGCUGGGCGGGCCCAAACACCGGGCAUCAGGGCCCAGGGCUAACCAGGGCCUUGUGCUCCUGCGCAGCAGGCCCAUUUCCCUGUCGAGUGGGGGCCUGGGUCCCACAGGGCCUUCGCGUUCCCCACACCAGGAUGUCAGGUCUCCCUGGAGCGGAGGGCUCACAGGUGCCCCCCGGUCCCCAGCACCAAGAUGCGGGUGGGGACAGCGUCCCCCAGAACCCUCAAGCGUUGCAGUGCAGGGGUGCUCGCUGGUACCCAAACGGUAGCACCUACACUUGACUUUUGCCCCAGCAACUGGACCUGGGAAUCCCUCUCUCAAAACAUUUAUAAUCAUACAUUUACUUUUAAAUUU